AUGAAGAUGGCUAUGAAAGGGUCGGGGAUGGCUGCUCUUAAAUUCACGAGCAUCAUAGUUUGUGCUGUUUUACUCAGACAAGGAGCACCUGAGAGGACAGGAGGUGGCAAGGAAAACCAGAAAUACGCCAUUCUGAAGGAGAUCAUUUCAGAGUGGAGUAAAGGAGGCGGUGCAAAUCCACAGAGAGCCCCCACUGAGACAAACACCAAGGACCAGUCUGUGCCCACUUGGAUGAGGAAUAUCGUGGGGGGCUUAAAAACGCUUGGUCUACUUCCCAGCAGGAAUAUGCCUUCUUUAAACAAGCCAAUUGACAGACAUCGUCUCUCUGGCUUCCUCUACAACAUCUCCAUGUAUCUUCAGGAGAUGGGUGCUGAGUUGGAAGAGGAGCCGGCAGAGCCAGACGAGGAGCAGCUUUGGGAGAAAGUGCUGCAUUACUUCCUGCAGUCUGAAGGAAACGCUGCUCUGAAUCAGUGGAACGGCCGGGUGCCACCCCGGCCCAGCGUUAGAGUGCAGGACUGGUUUCUGUCCCUCAGAGGUAGCCCACACUGGGACUGGCUCCUAGGCCUGCUGCAGAGCCUCAUCACUCUAUCAGAGCGUCAGCCUCACAGGCCCUUCUUGACUUUCAUAGCUCAAAACUGGAGGACAGUGAGUGCUGUGCUGGAAGCUGCUCUUCAGGCUCUCGUCAGCGGGACCUACGGUCAGGCCAGUGCAGGCCUACAAAGCUUCAUCUGUGCACUGAAGGGUCGCACUGACUGUGCCUUUAGUGUCAGCUGGCUUCAGCAGCUGCUGCAGUUCCUAGAAACACGCAACUGGAAGCCUGUGGUUAGUUUGCACCCAGCAGGGGAAGCUGCCGAACACAGCAAGGGCUCGAACGCAUUCGGACGUUUAAAGCCCUUCAGCUUACCCCCUGAGGCCACGAGACAGAAUGGGUUGUACGGAAAUGCAUCCGUGGAUGAAAUGGUAGCCACCGAGGAGGAGGCAGACUCCAUGCAAAGCUUGCUGCUGCAGGUUUUGUCACGUUCGGGUGGAGGCGAGCGAGGAGGCAAUUUGGCACAGAAAAAUUUAGCUCUCGUGCAGAGUUUGGAUGGGCUGAGGAGGGGCCUCCUGCACAGGGUGGGCAGUUCUGUCUAUGGCAACCUGAGGGAGAAAGUAUCAAGAGUUACAAUGGCGCUGCUUGAUGACGUUGGCAGCCUGGUGGAUAUGCCACAGCCCAAAACCCGGAGCCGGUGCUCCGCUGGCGACCUACGACAGCUCAUCUUAUGGGGAAUAAGGCACAACGUGAUGUGGAACACUCAAGCUUUGGGUGUAAGCUCCCGGGGCCUCCCGAGCUCCCUCCCAUUCCUGUCCUGCCCUUCCACUGAAGGAGAUGAGCCAAGAUCACCAAAAUCACCAGCUCAGUCAACCCCAAAAGCCACUCCCGCUUCACGUAAAGUCUCCAACAAAAAGCUUCACAUUGAACCAUUAACUGCACCUAACAGCCAGUCACAAACAGAGACUAAAGAGAGCACCGGUCAGCAGAAGGAGAUGGAGUACUCCACCUCUACAGAAAUCCUGGAGGCCGCAUGUAAUGAAUCCAUCCCAGGCUUGACCGGCGUCUCUAACUUCACUGUAUUCCUCUAUUGUAAACUGUUUGAAGGUGAGAAUGGGUCAGUUAACCCUGCAAUGGAUCAGAUGGAGCUCGACCUGCAUGCUACGUGCUCUGAUGCAGCUUGGUACCUGUCUGCUGCAGAGGAGGACUUCCUCUGGGUCCAUGUCUGCAGCGAGUUCUUUGCCCAUGAAUUUAACAAUACAGUGUGUGCCAACUCAUCUUUCUGGCUGCAGAGAGCACAUCAGGCUGCAGUGACAAAGGACUAUCAUUUUUUUAACCAGACGAGCAUAGAUGAGCUGUGUGUGCAGCUUUCAGAUGAGUCAAUGUGGAAUACAGGACUCAGUGAGAACUGUCUGGCUCAGUUGGGCAGCAGGUCUCUCAGUGCUCAGGCUUUCAGACAGUGCUUUCUUCCCAACAACUCAGUCCUGAUCUCAUCUCUGUGUGGCACUGACUCUCACCAGUCCUUGCCAGAGGGCAGGUGGGCUGCAGCAUACUGUUCCAAAAUACACAACGUCUCCCAUGAUGACACCACUUUGAAGACUUGUCAGUACAGAGAGUGGCCUGUGCAACAUUUCACCAACUUCACCCUCCUGGAGCUCUGUGUGCAGACACGUGGACUAAGAGAGUACAUCUGUCUGAAUGCCACACUCUACUAUCGGCUUUUAAGAACAAAUCCUCAGUUUGCUGAUGUCUGUGCUGAUCUGCUGGCUGAACAGGAAGACAGGAAGUGCUUCCUCCAGAGGUUUUUUGACAUGCUUCCAGCACCUUAUGACUUUGAUACAUCGCAGCUGUGCGUGGACCCGGCACCACUGCUAAUGGAUGUCCUGCACAAGCUGAGCGUGUGUGAGGUCGAGAUGGGAGAGCGUGAAGGUUUUUUAGUGGCGCUGGGAUAUGUGCUGCGAGUCUUAGAUUUUAUGGUGGGUCUCUCUUCGGGGCUGGACGAGGGAGAAAGAGAGGCAAGGCAGGGUCUGGGUCAGGCUAUUCUCCUCUCCAGUCUCAUCGACAACACAUCCUGGUCCGCACUGCGGCCGGAAGCCUCCACGAGCGUCCUCCACACUGUGGGAGUGUUCCUACGCAGAGAGCAGAAUGCCACACUAAAGGAGGACCUGCUGAGCUGCUUCAGUCCCGUCCUCUGGGACCUCAUCCAGCGUGAUGACAACUCAUCUGCUCUCAAGGUUCUGCUGCAGGAGUACUUCCAGAUGCCAAGAGACAGCAUUCGUACUCUAGUGAUGUCUGCUGAGAAGGAUGCAGUCAAGAGAUUUCUCUCCCACAUGCAUCGAAGCUGGGAUCAGCUUCAGGUUGAAACCAGCCAGGCCUCUCAAAAAGAGUUGCAGGCCAUGGAAACAAUGACAGCAGCUUUCAUCCACAAGUUCCCCCGAGUGACCCCAGAGCUGUUUGUGGACCUUUCUCAGUUCAUUCCCUUUAUGUCUGUCUCUGACAUAAUGAGCUUCCCAGCCUCCCUCAUCGUCAAUGACAGCGUAUUGACAGCCAUCCGUGACCACAGCUCGGGGAUGAAGUCCCUGCAGAAAAAGGCCUUUGUAAAAAGACUCCUGCAGUCUAGCGUGGUGGGUGAUGUCCCUACAUGGCCACCAUACUUUCUCAGCUCCAUCCUCCCACUUCUGCCUUACCUCCCAGUCAGUCAUUUUCAGCAGCUGACAUCACAGCAGCUUGCUCCUUUGGUGGAGUUACUUGGCAAUGGCAGUCUGGAUGGAGUAAGGGGGCGCCAUGUGCUGCGGACCCUCUUCAGUAGGAAGAUAAAUGUGACCGGUGACAACAUAAUGAGAUUAGGAGUCCUUGCGUGCUACCUGGAUCCACCCGACUUGGGUUCAUAUCUUCAGGACUCUGCUGUGGCCUCUGCUCUCUGGCAGCAGCUGUCUCAGUGCAUAUCCAACGGCUUUGUCAGUGCCGGUGGCAGGCUGUCUUCUUGGUUAAUACCAGCAGUUCAGACCCUGAAUGUCAGCAGCAUGGCUCCUCCGGAGCUGUCUGCUCUCAGUGGUCUGCUUCCCCAGUUGGGAGCUUCUUUUCUGCUGUCACUCCCCUCAGAUCAACUCCUGGAAGUCCUGUCACAGCCAGGAUUACACACAUAUUCCCCAGCACAGGCAUUUAAAAUGUUAUCCAAGAUUUCGAAGGACACCAACCUCACCAUGGAAAAACUGUGCCGACUGAAGCCGUUACACUCCGGUCUCUCCCCUGCUGUGCUCAGAGACCUCCAGUGGGCUGAGAUCAGUGAAGCUGUCCACUGCCAGUGCUGGAGAACAUUGCUAACUGAGCUUAAGCCUGGCCAUAGAGCCAUGCUAUACAAUGCAAUGCAGGAGGCUCUGCACAGAGACACGAAGAACACCACUCUGCAGCUAAACUGUCUUUUACCAUUUGUCCCUCUGAGGGAGCUGAUGCACACCAUGAGUGCUGAAAUCAUUUCGAGACGCAUCGGCGUGUACAGAGACAUAGACUGGUCGCCACACCAGGCUCAGUUUCUAUUCAGUAAGAUCCAUGAAUUUCUAAACAUUACCAGCAAGUCAGUGAGAGAUCUGGGUCAUAUCGCUGGUGGAAUGAGCUGUGACUUUCUGAAGCUCUGGACCAAUGAUACAGAUUUUGUAGAGCUGCUUCAGUUUGUUAGUGAGCUGCCUGGAGGCAUAAGACCUGCUCUGCGAAAAUGUAUCAUAGAGGAACUGAGAAGACAACCUAAACUCGACCUCAAUAUUUUGAGUUCUGCGUUUUCUGCAACAUUGCCAGUGACCAUGAUAGAGAGACUCUCUAAUACAUCCCUCAGAGCCAUUUUGGACCACGUUCAAGCACAGUUUGCUGAUUUUCUCAGACUGCCACAUUAUAAACAGACCAAUUUAGCCGAGAAGGCCUUAACUGAGCUGGGCUCUUCUCUGUCUGAGGGGCAGAUUGAUGGCACCGCUGUGGAUAUCCUCGGACCUUUGCUGCCUUUCUUAGACAGGGACAGUUUGGCUCUGGUGGACAGACGAGCGGUGGGUCUGCGGCUGGAGGAGAUGAGAAAUUUCUGCCUUCCUAAAGAGGCUCUGAGGGAUAUCAGCGCUCUGCUCACCCAGAAAGACCUGUUUGGGGAGCCAUCCAAGUGGCAAAUUGGAGAUGUAGAACAUUUGGGUCGACUGGUGUUUGCUCUCUCAACGAAGCAGAUUAACUCCAUUCCACUGUCAGUGCUGAAUAAAGACACGGUGGAGCAGGUCCUGGUGGGUCAAAGGCGCUGGGAAGACAGCAUUAUUGGUGGUGUGUGCAUUACCCAGUGUAUUGACCAGCAUCGCCAGAGACAGCAGACUCAGAGCCUCAUUCGGGGCAUUGUGAAAGCACGGAGCCGGAGGGCAAAAAUGCCGGUUCCAAGCUGUGCAGACAUUAGAGGAACAUAUCCUUCAGCUUGGACAUCCACUCAGCUCAGCCGAAUGUCACAGGAGGAGCUGAAACAGUGCGUAGAGGUGUUUGGUCAGGAUUCUCUGCUGAGCUCAGAGCAGCGCCGGUCACUGUGGGUAAAACUCAGACAGUUGUUGAGUCCAGUGAGAGAGCUGAGUGAAGAUCAGGUGCUGGAGCUGGGCUCACUGGUGACUGCAAUGCGAGAGAAGGACCUGCAAGACACUAACCUCUCUAAUCCAGGUGUUUUGGCACAUCUGGGCACACUGACAGACUGGAGCCCUAAAAAGAUGAGAGCAGUGAUUCUGAAUGUGCUGCGGAAAUGCAAACUUAAAGUGGAGCAGUUAACAGUUGUUGAUCUGGCAGCGUUUGGCCAUCUGAUCUGUGGUCUGCAUCCCUCUGAGAUAAAAAAACUGAGCCCCUACAACCUCAGUAUGGCUGUUGUGUUCCUGCGGGAGACAUCCCUGCCAUGCACAGAGCAGCAGAUGGAGGCAUUGACAAGCUGUUUGUCCAGACCACAGGCCUUUGGUCCAGUUAGUACUUGGGGACCAGAAGUUUUCACUGAAAUUGGGACGUUGGCAGCGGGCCUGCCAGACAUGGUGCUGUCAGCCCUGCUACAAGAACAAGUGGGGGGAAUCACCCCUGAAGCUAUCGCCCUGAUAUCACCAAAAAAGAUGGCAGUGGUGUUUAGUGCAGUUCAGUUGUCAUGGUUGAGUGUGGAGCAGGCGUGGGCUGUCACUGAGGAGCAGUGGGCAGAGCUGGACAAGGAACAGAGACAUGCUGUUGGAUUAGCUCAAUACGAAGGAGAUGUUCUGCUGGAGCUGAGAGGGAGAAACUUGGCUCCAUCAGCCCUGAACAAAGACAUCUUCACUUUAUGCUCACUGGCUUUGCACCUCUUCUUGUGGCAACUCAUUUAA